AUGCUGUGAGGGCAAGCCUCUCUCAGAACAUCUUUCUCCCCAGCUUUGCUUACAGUUCCUAUAAUUUUUUUUCUCCAUUAGAUUACCAAGCUCUGCAACUUUGCUUCUCAACAUGGAGUAUCGUCUCCUACCCAUUUUUACUUUACUCAAUAUUGCACUGGUGGCAACCCAUGCUGCUUUACCCCCUGAAGUUUACUGGAAGUCGGUGCUUCCUACUACGCCAAUGCCAAAAGCCAUCACUGAUAUCCUUUACUCUGAUUGGGUGGAAGAGAAAAGCAGCUCAGUGCAUGUUGGAGGCGGAGGCGUGAACGUGCAUACAGGAAAAGGAGGUGGCAGUGGCACCACUGUCAACGUUGGUGGAAAAGGAGGCGGAGGCGUAAACGUGCAUGCAGGCCACAAGGGAAAGCCAGUGCAUGUUUCAGUUGGCUCAAAGUCUCCAUUUGAUUACGUCUACGCCGCCACGGAAACUCAAUUACACGAUGACCCCAACGUGGCACUCUUCUUCUUGGAAAAGGACUUGCAUUCUGGAACAAAGUUGGACUUGCACUUCACCAGGAGUACAUCUAAUCAAGCCACGUUCUUGUCACGCCAAGUUGCGGAUUCGAUACCCUUUUCAUCCAACAAGGUGGACUUUAUAUUCAACAAGUUUUCUGUCAAACCCGGGUCAGAGGAGGCUCAGAUCAUGAAGAAUACUAUUAGUGAGUGUGAAGAGGGUGGAAUCAAAGGAGAGGAAAAGUACUGUGCCACUUCGCUUGAAUCCAUGGUUGAUUUCAGCACUUCCAAGCUUGGAAAUAAUGUUGAGAUUGUGUCCACAGAAGUGGACAAGGAAACGGGAUUGCAGAAAUACACCGUAGCACCGGGAGUGAAGAAGUUAUCAGGGGACAAGGCUGUUGUGUGCCAUAAGCAGAACUACCCUUAUGCUGUUUUUUACUGUCACAAAACCGAGACCACCAGAGCUUACUCUGUGCCUUUGGAGGGUGCUAAUGGGGUUAGGGUUAAAGCGGUAGCAGUGUGCCACACUGACACAUCAGAAUGGAACCCUAAACAUUUGGCCUUUCAGGUGCUCAAAAUUAAGCCAGGAACUAUUCCUGUCUGCCACUUCCUUCCUGAGGAUCAUGUUGUUUGGGUUCCCAAGUAGAUUUGCAUUCAAGUCCUUUUUCCAUAUAUGUCCUUGAAUAACUAGCUUCAAUAGCAUCAGCUACAGAACUCGAUGCAUGUAUUUGCUCGUACUAUAUAGUUCUCUAGAUAUGUAUACUUUUUUGCUGUUUAUUUAGAUGCUAUGUGUGGCUUCCUAUGUAUAAACCAUGAUGCAUUAAUUAUAUGCGACUUAUGUGUUUGAAUAGUAAA